CCACACCACCGGCGUUUUCCGUCGACAGACGCACGACGGAGAAGCAAAACAUGGUCAUCAUCAUCAUCAUCACCGGCAGCAGCAGCAGCAGCAAGAGCAAGAGCAAGAGCAGCAGCAGCAGCAGGAGCACGAGCAGCUUGAUCUCCGCCGCGCCCGAAGCCCCCGACCCCGACCCGCCUUCCAAAAAUAAGCCCCGCCAUGCGAACGAAGGAAGCGAGACGAGCCGAGCGGUAUUUUUAGGGGCCGUUCGCGUUGACCACGUGCGCCGACGGCACACCGGACGGCCGCUGCCGUUGCGCAGGGAAGCAGCGCCUCGACGGCAAUGCCCUGGCGCGAGAGCAGCGCGCGCCGCACGCGCACGGCGACGGCGAUCGUCCUGCUCGGCGUUCUGCUCGGGGUCGCGUCCUCGCGCAGGACCCAAGCCACGACGCUCGAGGCGAGAUGGGAAGCGCUGUUCGCGCGCUCCGUGCUCGGGAUCUCGGGGGACAACGACUAUUUGAUGGGCGUCAAGAGAGUGCGGAGGCUGUACUGCAACGUGGGCAUCGGGUUUCACCUGCAGGUGCUGCCAGACGGAAGGAUAAACGGUGUACAUGACGAGAACCAGUACAGUCUGAUAGAGAUCUCAGCGGUGGAGAGAGGAGUGGUCAGUCUGUACGGGCUGAAAAGUGAGCUGUUUGUCGCAAUGAACCGACGGGGAAGGUUGUACGCAACGAGAGUCUUCCGGGACGAGUGCAAGUUCAAAGAGACAUUGCUUCCCAACAACUACAAUGCUUAUGAGUCUUCCAUUUAUAAGGGCUUCUACAUCGCCCUGAGCAAACAUGGCCGCCUGAAGAGAGGCUACAAGGCCACACCGGCUAUGACUGUCACGCACUUCCUCCCUCGAUUAUGAGCGAGACUGGCAAUAACUCACUCACUUUUUGCACAUGUUGGACAUUCUCGCAGGUAACUUAUACAUACAUACAAGGCACGACAAAAAAUCAACUGCAAUCAAAAGAUACAAAACACGUCAUUAUAGUAUUUAUUCUCGUUAAUGAAAUAUAUGUAUAUAUGGGUAGCUGUGUGUCUGAUUUUUGUGUACAUGCCAUUCUUUGCUGCUUAUCAUUUCUAUUAAGAUUAUAUGAGGGACAAGGAGCUUUUUUUUUUUUUUUGCCCCCUCUCACUUUUUAUGGGUGUUUGCCAUAACUGGUGGGUAGACCUUACCCUUUCAUUGGUAUGACUAACAUCUCUAGCUUUCAGAGUUGAAACAGAUACGUUUUAUUACCUCAUAAGAGCUGCGUCCGGCUUGGAAAGGUGUGAGCGUGUCGCACAGCGGUUCACGUGGGAAGAUGAGGGAAGAAUGUUUAACUGUUCGAGUUUUUGGUCUGUUCCACCAUUUUGCAAGAGAGAAGACGGCAUAUGAGACCGCUGCCUUUCUUGCAUGGUGGUGCCUUAGAUUUUUAAACUGUGGCAUUUUUUUUAUUUGCAUGUUUGCAUCCUCCUGUAACAGAGAUGAGCCCUGUUCCUUCCUUCCUUUCCAGCCGAAUUCCUAGAGGGCUGCGUGUAGCUUCAUUUCAUGCUGUUUCCUUACUUAGAUCAGCUAGAUAUCAGAGAAUCUGGGACUUGCCAGAAAUAAGAGCAGCUUGCAUGCAUUUGUAUCGGAGAGUCAAGCUGAGGAAGAUCCUUUAAUCCUUCAUGGCAAGAACAGUUUGAGAUACUGGAGGCUUUUUUUUUUUCUUUUUUCUUUUUUAGCUUGAACUGUAGCAUGGCCAAUGACCUCAGAACUGAACUCAUCGUCUGUUUACGAAGCAUCAAGUAAUAGAUAUCGAGGCGAAUCUUAAGAUUUGAUGGAUUUCAUAGGCUGGAAUUGGUUUGUAAUGUAGCAAUUUUUUUUAAAGAGAGUAUCAUUUGCUCAUUAAUCCAGUAUUUGAGAAGCUCAAACAUCUCAGGCAACAUAAACUGAAGAUUUCUACUAUCUUACUUUGGCUCCAUGUUGUCCAUUUUGCAUUACUUUUGGACAAAAAGGACCCAAUUCAGGGGUGGACAAAUAAUAAAUUCAUUCACUGGCCUACAGGCAAGUCAAAGCUAGGCUAAAUCAUUCAAUUUGAAAGAUUAUAGAAAUAUUUAUGUGCGUCCGUACAGAUAUUGGUGUCCCUUUGUGGGAUUUUAUUUAACUCUUCUUUGUCUUUGGUCACAACCCAUAUAGUUUGUACCUUCGACAAAUUAGUCUAACGACAAUCUUUUGUCGGACAAGUACAAGUUUAUCUCGGUUUCUCCUGCGAUGUGUUAACACAUUUUGGAAAAUCUGUCUAAUCAUAGUUCAGCUUUUUAAUAUACCUAAAAAAAAGUUUCUGAUGAGGAGUGUAGCUGUAGAACAGUUAAAGCAGGUUGUUCCUUGGGGCCGUUUUCUUUGUUGGGUAAAGUGCAAUGCAAGCAUGUGGGACUUGUCAAGUUUAUUCUUUUUUUAAUUGCCGAAUUUUUCCGAAUGAUAAUUAAUAAUAAAAAUAAUGAUAAAGCUAAAAGAAUAGGAACAGAACUGUGAUAUGCAGUGGAGGUCAUCUAACAACAAAAUAAUUAGGUCAAGCCAUAAAUGGAGAGGAACUCAAGGCAAAUAUCAUUUUGACAAACAGACAGCUAGCUUGGAUUUCACGUACAGUUUGACGCACGCGAUGUUGCGUAGCUUUCCUUGUAGAAUUUGUCAUUUUUAGCUCAAAUUGGUUUGAUGGCUUUGGUACCCAUACGCAGAGUAUAAAAUCCUAAACUUCUGCAGUAGCCUGUGUGAUGUAUCCCACUGGGGAGCUCGAUCCAGCUCUAUGUUUAGCAUCCAUAAUAUAACAUUAAAACUUUCAGACAGUUAUUAUACAGUUUGCUUGUUAUAUUGAUUACUUAUUGCAGUAUCUAGGAUCACAAAAUGGGAAAUAAAUAAAAAAGAAAUUAAUAGUUUUCUCUUUUUAUAAAAAAUUGUAAAGGGAAUAGAGCUUUUCUGGUAAUGCUGUUUAUGAAGCGUGGAGUCCUAAAAUUAUUCUAAUACAAUAUUAUUUAAUAUAAUAUUCUAUUCUCGCUCUUAUAGAUAAUAGUUGUACAUUUUAAAUACAAACAUCUGCAAAUAUGUUGCAUCUUGCAGCCAAGAUCUAACGAUUAUAACAAAGUGACUGAUGUAUUUAAUGAUGGAGCAUUUUUUCUUUAGAUCAGUUGAUCGGUUUUACUUUUUGCAAAUCAUUUGCGUUACGGGUAAUGGUGUUAGAAGUGAGGAAAAAUGGUUGUGAGCAAUUACUACUAAUACACAAGAAUAUUAAUCACAAGUAUAAUAAUUGAUGGGCUUCUUCGAAAGUGUUACGUCUGUUUUGUUCUCAGGAUGUUGAAUGGGUGAAGGAAAAAAAAAAUAGAAAAGGUUAUAUCACUAGAACAGCUACUGAGGCUUCUUGUCCGCUGGCCAACAGUGAAUGAAAAACUGAUAUUGCAGAUAUGUAAUCUGCCAGCGAUUUGCCCACCCCUGCAGCAGGUUUUCCUCUGAAACUAUUAUUUGCAGCAGGAGUCAUCAGUGAAAUGCCAAGCUUGACCUGAAACCUCUUCUAAAACCGAUCGUGGUGUCUUUUUAAGAUCUGAUCUGUUUUAACACUCGGCACAUACACUGAAGCAGAGAGCUGACUCAGCUUCAAGAAUUUGCUCAGCACAAUUCAUGCAUCACUGAAUCUAAUCAUUUUAAUGGCUUACGGGUUGAAGUGAGGGUAUUAGAGUACUUGGAAUAUAUUUUUAGAACAACCCCACCCCCCCACCCCCAUACCUCCUUACCCCCUCCCCAGGCAGUCGCACACGUUACGCAAUCCGACUUAAAAUAGUAGCCUGCCAUCUCCUCUGAAAAACACUGCAUAUAUAAAACCAAGGCAAAAGUUCGACAUGAGAAGACGAACAGCUCCUGUACCAGUAAUCUGAUCAUGACUUUUUGAAAUUGCAGCAUGUAAGAGUACUUUUUUUCUGCUGCGAUAUCCUUUGCAUGAAAGACAAGGUCUGCACCUUUCUGAUCUGCGUGGCAUCUGCAGUGUGUUCGAGAGCGCUGGGUUCCAACACUGCGGCUCUGCUUAGAACAGAUCGUCUUACAUGGCAUAAGGAACCAGAUGGCUUUGUCUUGUUUUGCUCUCUCUUAGGCACUAGGGUGCAGGAAUGGUGUAGCUCUAUGGGUGGGCGGUGUGGCAAAAAAUAUCAGCAUAGAAUAUUUUAAGAUAAUUUCCUGUAUAUUUUAAGAUGCGUGCAGUAAAUAUCAUGGCAUUUAGGCUUGGGGACAAAACAACGACAAGCAAAGCAACAACAAUAACACCUGGGGGGGUCAAUUAUUAUUAGUUGAAAUAAUAAAAAUGAAUAAUUUAACAAGGAAAAUGCAAAGAUUGUGGAGUUAGUCAUUGUCACUGAUGUAUUUCGAACUUCUCAUGAUAUCAUAUUGCUCAAAUGUACGUACCAGAAUACUAGAAAGAAAUCUGACGAGAAGUCACAAUCAAAAUGAGUCUGUAAGGGGGUUUGAUUUCAGUAAACACAUUUUUUUUUAAUCAAAAUGCUUAUAUAUAAUUCUAAAAGUAUAUCCAAUAUCAGCUAUAGUUCCUUUCUUGCCUUUAUAUAAAGUGCAGGUCAUGAUGGAUCUAAGUUGAGGGGGAAAGUAUGCCUUUGCAAAUCUUUGUACACAAAUGUAGGCAUGCAAUAUAAUCAUUCUUUAUUUUUUUAAUAAUAAUCACAAUCACUGCAUUUUCAUUGACGUGGUUUAUUUUAUAAGCUGAUAAGAUAAUAGCAAAGACGUUACAUUCUAGGAGCACCGUGAAACGUCUAGAGCCCUCUUCUGGCACUAAUGUGAACUGCAGACAUAGUGAAAAGUAUUUAACUACUAUACUUAUCUGACCACACAUCCACUAAGGUUACCAGACAUACCUCGGGGUGUCCACCAGAGGGCGGGGUUUACACUCUAAAAUAUGAACAAAUGCAUGGUAAAUGAAAGAAAACUUAGAAACUGAAAGAAAAGGUACAUAAAGACAUUUAAACAUUACAGACUGCACCUUUAAAGGGCACGACGCACCUAGCAUGGAUUCGGUGAAGGAAUGUGUUAUGUUGACCAAAAAAAACCAACAAAAAAACAACAGGAUUUCUUGUUCUGUACUCGCGACAUUGAUCUGAGCAGCGUGAGAAAUACCGAGCGAAGAUUCGUGCAUGUGUGUGUGAAGCCACUUGUAGCAUUUUCUUCUGCUUUUUGUAUUCCUGCACUGAGGGGACUGUGCUUCCUCUGAAUUCCCCUCCUCUUUUUUAACAUAUACCUCACCUCCUGCCUUAGUUCUGAUUUGUUGAAACGAUUGUAAGAGGACAGACUUUUUUUCGCCAAUCAUUUAAUUUCUGGAGGAGAGAAAAAAAAAAGAAAGUUCUAAUAUAAGAAAUAUGUUUUACUUUUAUUUUUGUACGUAUGUGCUGUGCACAGCAGUCAACUGUAUUAAUGAGAUGAUAAUAAAAGUUUUUUUUU